AUGUUGGCCAUUGUGUUGAUCGUUUUUCUUUCAUUCCUUCCCGUGAUUUUGCAACAGUUAUCUGGCAAGUCAAGGACAUGUUCAUCAUCUUCAAAAUCGGCAAUAACAUCCAGUGCAUCUUCUGGCUCACAAACAUCAUGUCCAGUGGUCAAUAAAACUGAAAUCAACCCAGUAGCCAGCGUUCCAGUGACAAGUGAAAGCGUCAAGGAGGAAAUUGUUGUUGAAAGAGUGGCUGUUGUUAGUGAAAAUCAAAAUCAGUCGGAAAACAGUGAAGCAUCUGUCAACAAUCAAAAUGAAGACAAUGAAGUUUCCACUACUAUUGAACAAUUCGAGUCAUCUUCUCAGCAAGAAACAAUCGUCUCAACUGAAAUGGAAUCCACUCGAACAUCCAACAACAAGGAAGACACCACACAAUUUCAAAGCAAUUUAGAUGAAUCGAAUGGAUCCUUUAUUUUAAAACCUUCCAAGAUUGUGAAAUAUAUUAUUGGUCCAUCAGGUUCAGUCAUCAAACAAAUCAUGAGUGAAACCAAUUCAAGAAUUGACAUUUCAGAUCGAGAUGAAACCUCUAAAUUGGUGAAAAUCAGUGGUUCCACUCCAUCCUCAUUCAAUCUUCAAAAGACUUAUCAACGACUCAUGGACGAGUUGAACAAGUAUGGAUGGAAAUACGAGUCUGAACACGAUGAAUUUGUUGAACACUUAACCGAGUCCAUGAAAUUAUUUAAAGAAUUGGAAAAGAAGAUUAAGGAACAAUCCGAUCUCAUGUCGAAAUGUUUUGAGGAAGCAUCGAAAGCGUUUGAGAGAGGUGAGAAAGCACUCGCUUCACAAUUGAGUGAAGAAGGUAAACGUGCUCAAGAAUUAAUGAAACAAUACCAAAACGAGAGUGCUCAAACCAUGUUCGAUCAUUUAAAUAAGGAUAAAAGCCAAGAUGAAAUUGAUUUGCACGGUCAAUAUGUGGAUUUUGCAAUGAAAUUCUUGAAAGAGAGAAUUGAACAAUUGAAACAAGAUCAAAAGAAUGAACUCACCAUUAUAUAUGGUGCUGGUAAUCACUCCGAUGAGAAUGGACCUAAAAUCAAACCUGCCGUGUUGAAAUAUUUGAAUGAGAUGCAAAUGAAGUAUGAAGAAAAAACUCAAGGAAGUAUUUUGGCAACUCUUGUCUAG